ACUUGUUGGAAAACGCCUUUAUUGUAGAUAAGGCCUUAAGGAAAAGAGAUUAACGAACAAACUUUACUAACCUUAUUUCUAUCGUUUUGUCGUUAAAGAAUCUGAUUCUCAAGACGAUUUUAAUAAAAUGUUAUAAAAUACUUAUUACCCCUGGGUAAUUUUUUCUUUUCUUUGAUAUUUUGAAAUUUUAUUAAAAAUACUGUGGAAUGAAAUAGAAUAUGAUCUAGAGGUGUCCGCAAAAAUGCUUGGUAUAAUUGUAGCUGGACGACUCGUCCAAACCGACUUUCAGCAAGUUGGUGAAAAUCAAUUUUUGAUUACUAUACUUGAUGCAGACAAUAUAAAUCAUAUAGUAGUAUUUCUUACUGGUACAAUUCCUUUUCCAGAUGGCAUGGGAGGUGCAGUAUACUUUAGUUGGCCAGAUCCAAAUGCGCCACCCAACUGGCAAUUCCUUGGAUAUAUUUCUAAUUCCAAACCAUCGGCCAUUUUUAAAAUAUCAAAUUUGAAGAAAAACCAUGAAUUUGAGAAUAGCAAUUUAGGAAUUUUUGGGAUUGGUAAGAUCUCGCACUUUGCACAAAUCGGCGUAUCUGUUGAACCACUAGCGGUGAUUGAGCAGCAGGUGACUACCGUUGCUGCGACUACAACAAACUCUUUCAUGGAAUUUGUACAAAAGAUGCUGACAAGUUUUGUGAAUUAUGUAACUAGUUUCACAGUGACACAAGCUCAAAUGACACCAAAUCCUACGGAGAACUUUGUACCUCUAUCUACAUUACAGGGGUGGUAUGAGACCUUUGAAAGACGAUUACAACAGAAUCCGAAUUUUUGGAAAUCGUGAUGAUAAUUAUAAUAUAAUUAGUACGGAAUACAACACUUAUAAUACAGAGUUUUAAAUUUAUAAUAAUUAUGUAUACAUAUACAUAUAUAUAUACAUAUAUGUACACAUAUAUAUUUAUAUAUGUAUAAAUAUUUUUUACAACGAUGCCUAAACUCUGUAGUGUUUUAGUGCUGUCAAAGUAUCCUGAAUUGUCAAUACAAUUUAUUACUUUUAUAUUAUCAUCAAUAAAUAAUAUUUGGAUUUGAAAGUGUAAAAAUUUUUAUUUUAAAAUAUAUAUUCAAGAUAUUGAACCUCAAUAUAACUUAAACAAGUUUAAUAUAUUUUUGAUAUGUUAUUAUGAUUUACAGGAAUUGCUAGUAUAUAAAAAAUAUAAUAAAUAUUUUGAUAAGGG